AUGUCCGCAUUAGAUGGCGGAAUUGGGCAGAUCACUAGGCCGUUGGAAAAGCUGGACAGUGAUGAGCGGCAACAUGCUUCCCAAUUAUUGAUGUUGAGUCGUGAUUGGCUCCAGAACUUGUUGCCCUUCAUUUUGGGCAAAGUAAAUCGUGUCCACUACGGCCUCCUGCGUUCCAAAGAUCUCGCAGAUUUGUCAGCCCGUGGCUACAUGGCCACGGGGAGCCGGACGCAAGUCGCAGUGCCCUUCACCGGCUUGGAGACACCAUCUUUAGCAUCGGAGUUUGCCAAUCCUGAUGUGGCUAUUGGGCUUACGAUCCUCGCCUUUAGCUACGAAGGCAUGCGGUUUUCGGAUGUGAAGACGAUGCUUCUUCUGUUGAAAUCGGAGUUGCUCCGUGAUGUGGCGACUCCGCCCCCACAGCGCGAGUCCUUCCGACGCUUCAAAGAGUGGACGGCCAAAUCUCCGAAGUCUCCUGAGUCGGAGUUUCUGCCGUUGGACCUGGUGCAGCCGGACGCGGCGACGAUCCGCGGAUUGAAGAAGCUUUGGAAAGAACGACCCGAUGUUUACUGCUUUUACUUGAGGAAGGAGAUCUUCCCCAAGGCCACACCUACACAGGUGAAGAAGUUCUCGGCGUGUGCACAGGAGUUGGCCUCACCCAGCAUCUUCAAAGUUCGCCUCGGUUUCUCCGGCACGCCCUCGAACAUUUUACCCUCCAGCAUGCCUCCGGUGGAUUUCGACCACACAGAUGGUCAGACCAUGGCCAUUUUGGCUUCGCCUUCGGUGGUGACUCUGCAUUCGGUGGCCUCUGGUUGGACCGUUUGGAGCUUGUUGGAUCUGGUGGCGAAGCAUCGAGGUGAAGCUGGCGAGGCCUUUUGUGCCUUAAUCGAUUGUGGGGCCUUGCUGUGCGGCUUGGAGAACCAGGAAGUGGCAAAGCUCUUGAUGGAGAGCCCCCUGAGUUCAAUUAAAGAUGGCUGUGUCUUCUUGGCUCGUGGAACUGAUUUACCCAUGAUCUUCCUGAAAGGUGCAACACAUCCCGUGCCCUUGGAGGAUGCCAACUUGCGACCAGAACGGCGUUUCUGUUACUUCGAUCAGCCUCACACCACCGGCAUCGACAUACAACAACCUGCUUUGGGAGUGGCUGCCAUCACUGUGGGUAAAGACAUGUCCAUCCGAGAGCUGCAACAAGGUGCGUGGCGCAUGCGCGGCUUGGGCCGAGGCCAACGUUGCGAGAUUUUGCUACCGGAGGAGGUGGCAAACUACAUGCGUAACCUUUUGAAGGAUAGGAAGGCCGUGAAUCUUUCACCAACUGCGACGGCGCAAGCGGCGGCAUUGAGGGACAUUCAAUCCGCCUUACUUAUGAAGUCACUGGAGCAGGAAGAGUUGCAAGCACGCCAACUGGUACGACAAGAUCUCACAAGCGCUUGGAAAGCACCUGCUCUCUCAAUGCUGAUGGAUGGAAAAUCGGAAGGAUUGACUUCGCUCUUAGAGUUUGUGCCUUCGAGCAUUAAGGAGGAAGAGUCCAAGACAUUGGAGACAUCUUUGAGGGAUCUGGCGGCGCCCUUUGCAACAUCUUCUUCUGUGUCUGGAGCUGUGGAUGAGGUGGUGCAGCGUGCUUUGCAGAUGUUGGGUACAGGCUGUACAUCCGAGUUUGCCUCUGGCGAGAUUGUGCGUGAACAAGAAGAGCAGCAGCAACAUGAGCACCAAAUCGAGUCCGAAGAGACGGGAUCUGUACAGCGACCUAAAGCUGGAGAAAGUCGUGUUUGGGAGCUUGGGAAGCUCAAGUCUUUGGCGGCCUUGCCUGACACUCCAUCAGUAGCAGAUGAAUCAGCUCUUUUUGCCUUUCCAAGCUUCGCGAAGAUCGCGGAGAUUUUCAUCGGCUGCGCUGGUGCCGGAGCCAAUGCGGCCAAGACAAAUCCGGUGUUGGCGUCUUUAGCUGAGUGCCGCCUACGUUUUUCUCCCAAUAGCCGGGUCACUGUGCAGGUGCCCAUUGUGAAGCCAGUUUUGGUGGCUUUGGAGUUGAGAGGAAACCGCAACCCACCAACCACCGUGGCUUUAUCUUUGGCAGAGGCCGAAUCCCUUCGCUGGGCUUUGGCCGAAUGCGAGAGCAAGGGUCAGGACUUCCGCUUUUCUUUGUAUGUGAUCUCCGAGUCCCCCAUGUUCGACAAAGAUGUGACUAUGCACAAGGUGUUCUGUGCCAGCUCUGAUUUCGGUCUUGCAGAACAUCCGGUGUGUUUACUGCGCUUCUAUUUGGGCGAAUCCUGGUUUUCACUGCAGGAGUUGAAAUGCCUGAAAUCAAUCGUUGGCGAUCACCAGCAGGACUUCCGCCGGCUGCGUGCUGCAGUUUUUGAUGCUCGCCGAUCAGGGGGCGCGAUUGAUUGGUCCUGCACGCCGCUGGCUGCUGUCUUGGGGCAUCAGUCUGCAGAGACAGUUCCAGUGCCGCCGGCCGGGCCAACAUUUCUGGAGCGCUAUAGCUCAGAAGCCUUGGCAGGUGGCAAAGACUUUGUUGAAACCUAUGCGCACACGCAGCAGAGCAUGCUGGAAACUCUCCCAGAGUAG